AUGUCCAAUCUUCGCCAAGACUGCGUCAAGGCCACGUCAAGUGAUGCUCACUCGGAACCCAUGCGCGGGGCGCGGUCAUUACGGGUGGUUGGGUCGUCAGCUGCGGUUGAACGGGCGUGUGUCCGAGCUUCAAAUAGGCGCUGUCUGUUGAGCCCAGGCAGCAAAGCCGCCAUGCGUUUGUUCUUUUUUGCGCUGCUUGCCUCUGCCUACGCGGCGUUCCCCACGACGGUGCUGUACCAGUCGCCCUCGGGACUGCUCCUCGAGAACAUCGCCGUCCGGCCCAACUCCAAGUUGCUCAUCACCUCCGUCAUGUCCCCCACCCUCUUCUCGCUCGACCCCCAGGCGAAGAACGCGACUUUGACUCCGGUGCACACCUUCUCCGGCCCGAACGGGACCGCACUAACCGGCAUCGCCGAGUACGCGCCCGACACGUACGCCGUCGUCGUGUCUGUCAUCGACUCCGCCGAGCGCGCUGCCCAGCUCGGUAGCGUCGCCAUCUGGCGCGUCGACCUCACGUGCACCCCGCCCAAAGUCGCACGUGUUGCGCGUCUCCCUGCCUCGCACCUCACCAACGGCCUCUCCACUGUCCCCGGCCUCCCUGGGGUCGUCCUCGCGGCUGAGUCCGUUCUCGGUGCUGUCUAUGCCAUCAACAUGCGCAACGGCGCCGUCCGCACCCUCACGCAGGAUGCGCUCCUUCUCCCCACGCCUGAGGCCAACCUCGGCAUCAACGGACUUCACGUGCAUGACAAGUACCUCUACGCGACCAACGCUGCCCGCGGCACUCUCCUCCGCGCACCAGUUGCGACCCGGCCCGGCUCCGUCGCGUUGACUGGCCCGUUCACGGUGAUCGGGACAGUCCCGGAGGGUUCGUACGGCUUCGACGACUUUGCCAUCGACGACACGGGCCGCGUGUGGGUCACGGUCCACCCGGGCUCGCUGUCGGUGUUCACUCCGCAGAAGAAAGGCAGCUGGAAGGAGGAGACUGUCGUGCCGCCUGGCGUUUUGGUCGUCCCGACAUCCGUCGCGCUCGCGCGCCGCAAAGCACUGGAAGGAGUGUUGUAUGUCGCUACCGUCGACGGGAAGGUCGUCAUGGUUGACACACGAAAGAAGGCCUAG